AACUCAACACGACAACAUUUCGACUUAGUGUCAUGUUUGCUUUUAAUAAUUAAUAACAAUGAUUUCAAGUUUUAAUUAAUAUAAUUGUGGUUUAUUUAUCUCUACUUCCUGUUUUUCAUCUACAUAUAUAUAUACACUGAAAUUAGUAACAAGUUCGAGCAUCAUCAAAAAUUAGUCAAGGCCAAGAAAAAGAGAGAAGUUGAUUUUCGUGUAUUAAACUAUUUUCAACGUGAAAAACUUCAAAAAUGAUCUCCCUCGACUCUCUCGAUUCUCUGAAAUUAUUUGCUGUUGACCCUAAACAGAGAAGUAUGCUCCUUCAGGACAAAACAUUGAUUGAUGGACUUGUUCUUCUACUUAGCAAUGAAUCAGAAACUGUGAUAAUAUCAACAUUGGAGAUUUUUCUUCUGUUGUCGGAAUGUCCAGAAGGUAGAACCCAACUCACUGAGAAUAAUUACCUUCAAAUGCAACUUGAAGAAGCCCUCCAAUCUCCAAAUGAAGAUAUUUGUAAUAAAGCUAUGAAGCUAUAUGAAACUCUACAGAACACUCCCGUUGUCAACCCUGCUAAAACUAAUAUUUAUCAAACUCCUAAAACUAACAGAAGAAGUAAUCUAUCCAAACCUGAUCAUUCUUCUAGUAGUCACAAUGGUAAAUAUAAAACAAUACUGUUCCAAUUAAAAGGACUUUUUGAUAAGCAUGAUCGUGAAUUAUGUACCUGUCUCCUUAUCAAAGUGAAAGGUGUCAUCAGCAUAAUCUUUGAUAUGAACAAAUCCCGUUGCACUGUGAGGACUCUUUCAAAAGUACAACCUGAGGUGUUAACUGAAGCAAUAGCAAAAUCUCAAACUAUGUCAGCACAGCAGAUUGUGAAAAAUGAACUUGGUGAGGAGGUUUUAUUGCCAUGCAGCAGUGACCAAGCUAAUGUCAGUACCGAUGGGCCUGACUAUUUGGAUGAUGUUGAAAGUCCGCUGGCUGAUGACAAAGCUGUUUGCCGUACCGAGAGCUCGAAUAACAGAUUUAACUCUGGAAGCUGGUUACGCACUGCAGCUAAUUAUUUCUCCAAUUCAUUCUGGUGAUAAUUAAACGCACACACAAGAAAAAAGGAAAACUCUGUAAACAAUAGAAUCAAGACUGCUACUGAAACAUACACUCUUAGUAGGAUAACAACUGCUACAGCAUGUGGUUUAAAUAAAUUUUUUAUGGAAAUAUAAUUGUGGCCUUGCCGGGAUGUUUACACUGCAUGAUGCUGUAAGGUACUUUUAUAAUGGACACAUAAAUCUGUGUCGAAUCGUUACAUAUUAAAAUUAUUUAUUUAUGACCAAACAUAUCAGCACAUCAUAUCAUAUCAGUUUAGUAUUAAAUUUUUUAACAUAGACACAUGGCCACAAAUGUUUCUGGAGGAGAGAUGUAUAGAGUUGUUUUACCAACCCCUAGAAGAAUGAAAAUUAAAGCUGACUUUGGCAGGAUUUUGACUAAAUGCAUGAACAAUCAACAGCUAAAUAACUCAGCAUUUUGUAUUUUCUGGUUCUAUCAAUCCACUGCUAUUAGAUAUUAGCUUAAUAUCACGGACAAAUGGCUUGUGUUGUUUCAUUUUUAUAAAUCCUGCAGAUACAUGUAUAUCAUCCAGAUAUUAAGGAUUAACUGUUUUGAUAACCAACCUUGGCUCUGUGACACCAACUUCCUGUUUUGAAGUGAUUUAAAUUAAAACUUUUCCAUCAAAA